AGAUCACGUGACGCCGCUAUGGCUGCCGUACAGAAACUGAAAAAAUGUGCGGUGUCUCAGACUGGAAAACACACCGCAUCUGUGAUUUUCCUUCACGGCUCAGGAGACACAGGGCAGGGAUUACGGGCAUGGGUUCGUGACGUUCUGGCACAAGACAUGGCCUUUGAGCAUAUUCGUGUAAUCUAUCCCACAGCUCCAGCAAGGCCUUACACGCCUAUGCAUGGGGCACUGUCUCACGUGUGGUUUGACCGUUACAAAAUCUCACGUGAUUGCCCCGAGCAUUUAGAGUCUAUUGAAGAAAUGUGCAGUAAUGUAGGAGCCGUGGUCCAAGAUGAGAUCCGAGCUGGUGUACCCAAGCACAGGAUGAUUAUCGGUGGCUUCUCUAUGGGCGGAGCCAUGGCAUUGCACCUAGCCUGCAGGUACCACCACGAUGUAGUUGGAGUAUUUGCAUUGUCCAGUUUCCUUAAUAAGGACUCUGUUGUAUAUCAGGCUGUUGAAGAAGCAAAAGGCCAUCACUUACCAGAGCUUCUUCAAUGUCAUGGCACAGCUGAUGAGCUGGUGUCCCAUGCCUGGGGUGAAGAGACUAGCAAGAUGCUGAAGAAUGCUGGCAUGUCUACCUCCUUCCACUCAUUCCCAGGGCUUAACCACCAGCUCUGCCUGGCUGAGAUUGAGCUCCUACGUUCUUGGAUUUUGAAAAAGCUUCCCUCUGAAAGCUUUUCCAAUACCAGGUCGUGAGCUGUAAAGAUUUUCCCUCUACAUAAACCGAUUUUUUAAUAAAUUGCUCUAUUUGCCAUGUA